GAAGACCGAAAGAGAAGAAUGGAAGCAUUUUAUCUGCUGGGCUCCAUUAUCUGUACCUUCUUCACCUCUCUCGCCCUCUCCCUUCUCCUCCCCCUCCGAUGGUUCCUCCGCCGUCUUUUCUUCAGUACCGCCGCCGGUUCCGUCAGAGGAACGGAAUCUGCAACAUUAUACGAAGGUAUAGUCUGGCACGAGCGUAGGCGCCCCGUCCACCAUUCUUUCAGGUAUGCUGUUCGUUACGCUCUAAUUGACCUUGACCGCUCGCCUUCCCCUCCGUCUAAUCAUCUCUCCGCCGACGAUGCUCGCCGAGUAGCUGCUACCUCCGGACCUGUUUCUCUUCUGACGAUUCCAUCAAGUGUGGGAUAUGAACAGAAUCCGUUGAGUUUGUAUUACUGCUAUGAAACCGAAGGCUCGGCACAGCAUUUGAAGAAGUGCAUAGCUGAGGUAACAAAUACACCCUGGGGUGAGAGAGUCAUAUUUGUUUUCAAUCCAAAUUCUGAUUUAGUAGCUAAGCCGUUGCAUGUCAGUCCGUUUAUGGAUAUGCUUGGGAAUUGGAGUAUCAAAGCAAGUGCUCCUGGUGAUUAUUUAUAUGUGGCAAUCUCAGUUCAGCACCCCGAACUUGGUGACUACUUUUCUGCCACUUUGAAAGUGAAAAGAGUGUCCUCACCUUUUGGAUCCGAUCACUCAAGAUUCUUUUACCUAAUGCCUCACAAAGUCGCAAUAUGGAUAUACUGGCAUGCUUUCAAAUUAUGGUGGAAAGGUGUGCAUUUUAUUCAACAUCCAAGGUAUACUAACCCUUCAUACAAGACAGAUGCUACAACUCGUGAUCAAGAACUUCAAUGCUGCAAGGGAAUUGGAACUGGAUCAACCAACAACAAACACCAAGAAUUCGAAAGAGGAAAAGAAAUAGACCUUAGUGACAGAAAUUAUGCAUCUCGUGAGUUCACUUGGACCAAUUCCAAAUGGCCUUGGGCUUGAUACUGCUGGAGGUAAAGUUAUGUAAAAAUAUAAUUUGUGUUCUCCAUAAUGUUUUCAAUAUACCGGUUUCCCCUAUCUGGGUCCGUGAUGUGUUCUCUGUAAGAGUGUCUCGGAAGACCUCGAUCAUUUGUUGUGGAUUUGCUAGUUUGCGCAGGAUUUAUAGCAUCGUUUCUUUAUGUGUUUUGGAUUGUCUUGGGUCCGUGCUAGGGAUUAUAGGGGCUAGGAGGGAGGAGGUGCUUUUACCCUCCCCUCGUGACAAGGGUCAUUUUUCGUGGUAGGCUUGUUUUUUGGCUACCUUAUGGGGUAUUUGGUUGGAAAGGAAUCAUAGACUGUUUAGGGGGUGGAGAAGUAUGUGGAUUAUGUUUGGGAUAUUAUUAGAUUUAACACUUCGAUAUGGUGCUCCGUUUCUAAAUUCUUUUGUAAUUAUCCGCUAGGCCUUAUUCUUUUGGAUUGGAGUCCUUUUCUUUAUGGGGUUUCCUCCUUCAGGGUUGUUGUUCUUUA